UUAACUUGUCCAAAAACUAUCUGGAGUUGUCAAGGCUCAGGCGGACAGAGCAGCGAAAAAGUGCAGUUUGUUGAUGCUUUUUCCACCAAGCGGGAGAAGUUUUUUGUGGACACGACAUCGUGGGGACCUUUUUGGGAAAAGCCUCUCUUGUCACACACACUCACACGCUGACUCUGUGACACACACUCACUCGGUGGGGAAAGGGAGAGAGAAGGGAGAGUGUGUGGAGACGCGACUUGAUGCUUGUUUUUGUCCAGAGAAAAGUUGCAGAGAAGAUCGACAGGUAACUUUUUCCCUCUCCUGCCUCCGUCUGCCUCCGGCUGCUGGAGUUUGUCUCCUUCCUCUUUUCGGCUCGGAAGCUCCAAACUGAAAGCUGUUCCUCAUGUAUAACAUGAUGGAGACUGAACUGAAGCCCCCAGCUCCCCAGACCAACACGGGGGGCACGGGCAACACCAACACCCCGGGGAACGGCCCGAACCAGAAAAACAGCCCGGAGCGGGUCAAGAGACCCAUGAAYGCGUUCAUGGUGUGGUCCCGGGGCCAGAGGAGGAAGAUGGCGCAAGAAAACCCCAAAAUGCACAACUCCGAAAUCAGCAAGAGGCUGGGCGCCGAGUGGAAACUUCUGUCGGAGAGCGAGAAGAGACCGUUCAUCGACGAAGCCAAGCGGCUGAGGGCCCUGCACAUGAAGGAGCAUCCGGAUUACAAAUACCGGCCCCGGCGGAAAACCAAGACCCUCAUGAAGAAGGACAAGUACACCCUGCCCGGCGGGCUGCUGGCCCCUGGAGGAAACGGGAUGGGGUCUGGGGUCGGCGUGGGAGUGGGGGCCGGACUGGGCGGUGGGGUGAACCAGCGGAUGGACAGCUACGCGGCGCACAUGAACGGCUGGACCAACGGCGGCUACGGGAUGAUGCAGGACCAGCUGAGCUACCAGCACCCGGGGCUGAACGCGCACAACCCGGGCCAGAUGCAGUCCAUGCACCGCUACGACAUGAGCGCCCUGCAGUACAACUCCAUGACGAGCUCCCAGAGCUACAUGAACGGCUCCCCGACCUACUCCAUGUCCUACUCCCAGCAGAGCACGCCGGGGAUGACCGCGCUGGGCUCCAUGGGGCCCUCCUCGGUGGUCAAGUCCGAGUCCAGCAGCUCCAGCCCGCCCGUCGUCACCUCGUCGUCCCACCGGGCCGCUCCGGGCUGCCAAAGCGGCGACCUGAGGGACAUGAUCAGCAUGUACCUGCCGGGGGCCGAGGUGAGCGACCAGAGCGCCCAGAGCAGGCUACACAUGUCCGGGCACUACCAGAGCACCGUGCCCGGGACGACGAUCAACGGCACGCUGCCAUUAACACACAUGUAAGAGAAGAAGAAGAA